UGGGCCGGUUGCCCGCCAGCCACCGCCGAUGGCAUUGCGAAACUUGCUCUGCCGCGUGCAUGUGCCUGCCGAAAGACUACGAUGCGACACAGCUCCCUCUACUGAACAACCGUGAGGAAAUGCUGCAAUCCGGAAUCACUAUAUUGCACCACUGAGUCUUUUGCGUUUGCAUGUUGUGUGUCGAUUAGUGUUGUUGCGAUGAUGCAAAUCUUGGACUGAGGCUUGAACCAACUAGCCGUGAAGUUAAGAUAUACACUAUCACCCAUAAAAUGAGCAACGUGACCGUGUGUGUGUGUGUGCAAAGGGGCAUGAUGUCAACUACUUUGGUCCGUGUUCUUGAUUCACAUCUAUUUGUGAUGAUUUCAUCUCAAAGUGCUUACCCUUUGCCGCGCCUUCAUGUCGACCGAGCGCGUGGCUCGCGCUGCUUCUUCAUACUCCACGCUGGCAAUCUUUUUGGCCCCGCUGCAAAGUUGGUCCUUAUUGUAAUUGGCCCCAGUACUUUUUUCAGAAGCAAAACCAUCGAGCGAUUCCUACGGAUGCGGCGGGUGUGUGACGUCCUGCCGUAUCAACAAUGUCUUGCCGACAUCUCUAGUCGUGUGUUGUAGCGUCUUGCAUGCGUGUAUUGAGCCGAGAUUACAAUCUAUGCACCACACUGAAUGCAAUUACCCUUGCAUCGUCGUGUUGAGAGCACACCUGUGUUUAUGAGCUCACGUGUAUUCCAUCUGCAUGUGCGUGCGUUCAAGAGAGAUGAGACUUCGAUGGAUUCCCCUUCACGACCUCUGAUGAUGAAGAUCCGUUAGAUAUCUGACUUGUGCGCUUGCUUGGACUGUGUGCCUGGGACGCAAGGAUUAUUGUUUUUACAGACCUGUUCUGAACUCCAAUGUGGAAUCAUAACAUGCAUCACCAUAUGAGCGAUCCCAUCCUUCUUUCCGUGUUCGUGCUGUGUGUGUUUUGUGGUCGUCGUUGCCCCGGGAGUCGGUGGGUCUGCCACUGAUCAACGAGCGAAAUGGAACCCUCCUUUGGAAACGAGGGCGAUGCCUGUGAGUUGGAUUUUGGCAGGGUUUCUAGAGCGCGGUAUCGCCCCAAUGCAUCUAGUCGUGCCAUUCAUGUUGGGACGUGUGUCUUUCGAGGACAAUGAUGAAACCAAACACCUCCUAAACUCAACCAUGUUGAUUUCAAUUCUGUGUUAUCAUCCUGAAUCCUUGACCGACCUACCAACAUGUUCACCCGAUUGUGUCGACCGUAAGACAGCUUGUAACCAGACUGAAUGCAACCGCUCGUUCAUGUGGCAACGGGA